CUGCAGUGCUGCUGCGGCAGUCCGGACUGCGUCAACCUCAAAAACAACUGCUCUGUUCUGGAGGCUGUAGAGAAGGAUGUCCGAGUGGCAGCUCAAUUGGGAAAGGCGCUGCUUGCCAGGCACGAAGCCUACAUGGCCGACGCGGAACGGGACCGGCUGCGACUCAACGCCCGCAUCGAGCGCCUCCAGCAGGACAAGGAGCAGCUCGAGGCCGACAAUGCCGCCAAGGUCGAGGAGAACAACGAGCUGCUCGACCAGCUCGAGAUCCUCAACAGCACCGUCUUCGAUUCCGACGCCAAGAUCAAAAGCCUAGAGGCAAGCCUCCUUUCCUCGCAACAGGCCAUCCGCCGCCUCGAGAGCGCCGCGGCGCGAGCCGCCGAGGCCGACCACCACCUCAAGAUCCUUGAAGAGGAGCAGGACAAGCUGACUGGAGAGCUGCAGGCUUCUAAGGAGGAAGCUCGCUCCCAUGCGCAGCGGUUCAAGGAGGCUCAGCGGGGGAUCCUCGACAUGCAGGACCAGCUCGAACGCAUGGAGAAGGAGGCCCUCCUCGAGAGACAGCGCCACGACGAGAUGAUGGAGAAGCUCGAGCGCCAGCGCGAGGUGGAGAAGCAUCUGGACGCCGCAGCCGUGCGGCUCAAGGGCGCGGCGGCAUCCAAAUCUAUCACCGAGCACCGGCAGGGAAACAAGAUUGUCGGCCAUUUCGUGCGCGACCUGCUCCAGGACAACGCGAACCUGCAGCUCGGUAUUGCCGAGCUGAGGGAGAUGCUCAUCACCUCCAACGACGAGAUACAGGUGCUGCGGGAGCAGCUCAUGUUUCACCAGCCGCUGGCCGACGGGCCCAAUCCCGUCUCGAAUCUAAAGGCAGAAUUGGAACCGUCCUUGUUCGAGACGCGGCCGUCGCAGGAAUUCCACAUCCACCACCACUACCACGUCACACCCAAGCAGGAGGCCCGGAAGCCCAAGAAGAAGCGCGGCCUGCUGCCCGGCAUCUUUACGCCGCCACCCUCCAUCUCUCGGGCCUCCUCGCCGGGCCCGUGGCCUCAGCGGCGCUUGGUGUCGUCCCCCACCGGCCCGGUUCUCUCUCGGACGGGCGAAACCACGCCCAUCACUGCCACCUCUGCGGCCUGGGAGUUUUCCACUCCGUCCGAACUUUCCUCCUCCCUGCCGACUUCGCCACGCCUGUUUGAUCACAGCGGGACGGAGACGGACUCUCUCAUGUCGCCCACCACCAGCUACGACCCCACGUCUCCGACAUGGCGGGCCUCCCACAGAAAGCGUCCCUCGGCAGCCUCGUCCAGCAGCUUCCAAUCCCUCUCCAUCAUUGACUUUGAGCCCGGCACCACCCUGCAGACGCAGAAUCCCUACCGAUUGACCAGCGGCAUCAUUCACGAAGAGGACGAAGACGGCCACUCCACUACGCCGACUGCGACCAAAGACGCUCCAGACUCGGUGGACGCAAACCCCACAGAUACCCCAACACCCGCCCACCGGCUGCGCCGCAUACCUUCUCACGAAUCCAUCAUGUCGCUGUCGGGCGGCCUUGACAUCCACACGCUGCAGAUCCGACCCAGCCAGAUGACGCUCCGCCCGCUCGGGGGCGCCGACGCCGUCCUCAGCGACGCCACUGCCCAGCCGACAUUGUCAACCAACUACUCGAAGCGUAGCGAUGCCGUCCUCCGCGAUAACUUUGCCGGCCUCUUGCCAAAGAGAAGUUCGACCCCUACAUCAGACAUGUCGGCUUCGUCACAAGCCUCUCGGACCGCCGGCGGCCUGGGCAGGUGGGUUGGCUGGCGGCCGUGGGGAGGAGAGAGCCAGAGCCUGCCCAAGGCCGCGGAGAAGGAGCGCAAGAUACCCCAGCGGGCGCCCGGCAUCAAUCAGCCCGGUGCGAUUCCGGGAUUUCAGCAGUAUUGGGCAUCGCAGCAGCGGAGGGCCGGCAGGGCGACGGCCGAGGCGGUCGAC